UUUCUUCCCUGGCAAUCCAUAAUAACAACAUCAACACAGAAAGAUGAGCCAAAGAAACCCAGUCGUAGGGCAUUCGCCGAUUCAGUAAGGGGAAAGUGUGCAUUUAAGACCCCUGAAAGGGCCGCACGAUACGAACGUCGAAAUAAUCUCCAUAUUGCCGCAGUCACGAAGUGA